AUGAUGAAACAUAGCUCAAGAAUUGCUCAACUACUACCUCGACCGAACAAUAUUCAUCAAACAAGACUACUAUCGAUACUAAAAUUUAGGAGUAAUAGAACUGUCACACCAAGAAACUCAUAUAUUACAAACAAAACAUAUCCACAAUUGAUAUGGAACAAUUACAUACCCUCAAAUUUGAAGAUAUUUUCAGUAAUAGGUACAGGAAUAAUAGGCUUUAUUAAAUUAAAUCCUAAUGUAUGGAUUACUUUGGGACCUCCAAUUGCAAUAGGUACUUUUUAUAUGAAUAAAUACAUAAAACAUAGAAUAUAUUUGAAUAAUGUGUCAACAGUCCUACCAGAAGUUCAUACAAUUGAUGAUAAAGACCAAAACGUAAUUAUCGAAGAAAACCUCAAAGCCGAAACCGCUUUACCUAGCUUGUUCAAACCAACUGAGAUAGUCAAAAUCUUACCAUACGACGAAUCACAAAUAUAUAAUUUAAAGUAUGAAAUAGACAAUCAGUACGAUUCAUUAAGAAAGCAGAUUAUAGACUUGAUUGAGAAGAGAAUAAAAGAAUCUAUAUUGUUGAGUCAGAAUAGUACAGACCAAGUUUGUAGUAUAAUGAACGAAUUUAUGGAAGACGAUCAAUUUAAUAUAAACAUAAAUGAAAAUGAAAUAGAGAGUUGGAUUACAAGUAAAGUAAAAUUACCAUCUUCAAAAGAUGAAUCAAAUUUAAAACAAUUUAUCAAGUUACUGUUUCCUUACUACUCCAGCAAAACAGUCAAAGAUAGAAAAAGAAUAGGUACAUUAGCUAUUUAUUUAAUAAAAAUCAAUGAGACUGAUUGGAAAAUCGAUAUUGAAAUAAAUAAACUAGGUUGGUUUAAUUCAGAAUCUGUAUGGAUCAAAGAAUUGGAUAACAGUGAGAACAUGGAGAGUGAUCUUUACAAAACAUAUAGGAAUUCAUAA